AUGAUGCUUCUUGACAGUUGCUUCAUCAUCCAGUUAUUUCACAAGUAUAGGAAUGUGGAACUCAGAAAGGAUGACCCCAUUUUCCAGUUGGCACAUAUUCAAUCGAGCAUAAGGCCUGAUUUAAUGUUCUUUGAAAAUCAACUUCCAUUCGUUGUCCUCUUGAAGUUGUUCACCAUGCCCCAAAAUCCUGCAGCGUCACCAAACAGCUUCGUUUGCAUGUCCUGCACAUUUUUCAAAGAGGCAACACCGUGUAAACUUUUAGUACCUCCUUUAAGAGAUCUAGGGGACAUUGACAUCAAACAUCUUCUAGGCCUGUUGCAUUAUUGUUGUUGCUAUCAAUUUCAUUCAAUGGUAUCCCAAAGCAACAAUGUUCCAAUAAAAAAAGAAUUCCUUAAGUCUACGACAGAGCUUCAUGAAGCUGGGAUCAAAUUCAAGAAGGUUGAGGAAGGGAGUUUGUUCAACAUAAGUUCGAAUUAUUUCACUGCGUAUAUGAAGUUCUUGGAUUUCCUCGUGAACUCCUUAAAAGAUGUCGAAAUACUGAGUAACCAUGGAAUUAUUCAUAACCUUUUAGGUGGCCAUGCGGUGGUUUCCACUAUGUGGAGCAAGCUCGGCAACAAUGUCAUGAUACAUUUUUUUGGUUACCAUGAAGUUUAUAACAAUGUGAACAAGCAUUACAUGGAGAGUUUGAACAGAUGA